UUAGGCUUUGUUUGUGGAAUGGAGGAAUGAACUAGGUUAUAAAUAAUGUGCCACGGCCACCGACCCUAACAUAAUUGGGAUCAAGGUGAUGAUGAUGAUGGCGGUGAUACUUUUUGAUAUAUUUGAUUUGGAAAAAGAAAAAAGAAUGCCAAUAUUCUUCUUGUGGAGUUUAGAAAUGACAAAAUUGUUGGGUUGUGGAGCCUGAUGUAGUAUUUGGUGUAUUGCUCUCUUUCACGCAGUUCAACCCAGAUUUUAGGCUGUACCUUUAACAUUCUCCCUGCAACUAUUUGUACUCACGACGUACUCUGAAUUCAUCAAUAUGUAUAGCCCUAUACUGUCCACUUGGUGUUCCCACGAAAAUCUCGAGAGCUCUUAUUCAUCUUCAUUCGUUUUCUGCAAAUUCUUCCAUGAUCUUAACAAAAAAAGGACCAUUCUUGCGUAGGUGAAGAACAACGGCACUGUUGCUUGAUCACAAUUCUGCUAAGCUCAAAGGAUGCAGAAUGCUUGAAAUGCGGGUAUGUGCACCAGACAUUGCUGGAUGGUUUAGCAAAGGACAGUUCAAGUUCAACAUCCUUCCUCUUCUUCUAAGGUUCCAACAUUAUCACUGUCAAAAAUAUGGCUUCCAUUUACAUUCUCUCCAUCUGAAUAAGAUAGAAUCAAUCUACACUGGGUUUUCUCUCAUCUAGAUAAUGAAUCGAGUCGAUUGAGUGUGUGUACAAAUAACAAAUGAAAUCCAAAACGCUUCUCCCUUUCUCGCUGAGAGUUUUCAACAUCCUUAUUACAAAAAUGCUGCGGAUGACAAUCACAAAUGAUUUGUACAUAUCGUUUGUAAACACAGAUGAUUAUCAGAGAAAUUAAAGACCCAAUUUCUAGAGAGAGAGAGAAGAGAGAGAGAGAGAGCGGCCAUGGAUUUCUCCAAGCAGCUCUGCUUCUUCUCCAUCGCCGCCGCCGUUUUCUUGAUUCUCCGGGAUGGAACUGCCGCCGCCGUUUCUUCCCCGGGAAAGAAACACUCUGCUUCUGCUUCCCAGAUCAAUUCGAACUCCGUCCUUGUCGCCCUUCUCGAUUCCCAUUACACCGAGCUCUCCGAGCUCGUCGAGAAGGCCCUCCUCCUCCACGCCCUCGAAGACGCCGUUUCUCUCCACGACGUCACCGUUUUCGCCCCCAGUAACGAGGCUUUGGAAAGGGGUUUGGACCCGGAUUUCAAACGGUUCUUGCUCGAACCCGGAAAUCUCGGGUCUUUACAGUGUCUCCUCCUCUUCCACAUCGUGCCCACUCGUCUGGGAUCCAUCAGAAAUUGGCCCGCCGGAGGUGUCCGCACCCUUUGCGGCGGGGAGAAUCUUGUUUUGUCUCCGGGGGAGAUUCUCAGGCCCGGCGAUAUCAUCCGGCCGGACGGUGUGAUUCACGGGAUAGGACGCGUGCUGAUUCCCAAGUCCGUUCAGCGUGAUUUCAACGCUCGCCGGAGUCUGAGGGUCAUCUCCGCCGUUCUCCCCACCGGAGCUCCGGAGGUGGACCCCAGGACUCACCGCUUGAAGAAGCCCGAGAUUCGGGCCCAACCCGGCGCGCCUCCGGCUUUACCCAUUUACGAGGCCAUGGCUCCGGGCCCAUCUCUGGCGCCGGCGCCCGCCCCGGGACCAGGAACCCGCCGCCGGCACUUCGACGGGGAAAGUCAAGUCAAGGAUUUCAUCCAGACGCUCCUGCAUUACGGCGGGUACAACGAAUUGGCCGACAUUCUGGUCAAUUUGACGUCUCUGGCCACGGAAAUGGGGAGAUUAGUGUCCGAAGGGUACGUUUUGACGGUGCUGGCGCCGAACGACGAGGCCAUGGCGAAGCUCACCGCCGACCAGCUGAGCGAGCCGGGGUCGCCGGAGCAGAUAAUGUAUUAUCACAUCUUGCCGGAGUACCAGACGGAGGAGAGCAUGUACAAUGCGGUGAGGAGGUUUACGAAGGUCAGAUACGACACGCUGAGAUUGCCUCACGCCGUGGCGGCGGCGGAGGCCGACGGGUCCGUGAAAUUCGGCGCCGGCGACGGGUCGGCUUAUUUGGUGGAGCCGGACAUAUAUACCGACGGGAGGAUUUCCGUUCAGGGGAUUGACGGGGUUCUGUUUCCGGAGGAGGAGGAGAUUAAGAAGGCUGGAACUUCCAAAUCUGCCCCUGUCGUUAAUAACAAGGUUGUUCCAAAGCAAAGAAGAGGGAAGUUAAUGGAAGCAGCUUGCACCAUGUUUGGGUCUCUUGGUUUCACAGGGUGUUCUUGAAGUUCUACACUGGAAAAAAACUACACAAUGAUAGGAGCAAAUGCAAUCUGCAGUGGUUUGGGACAACCAUGUUGAUGGUCUUUUAAAGGGAAGCAAAUUGUGAUCUUUUGUUGGACAAAAGAAAAAUGCAAAAGGGAAUCCAAUGAAUGUUACUCUCUUCUGUCUUAUUAGUUGUUAUCAUCACCACAAUUGUAAUUACACUUCAUUUUUUCUCCAUUUCUAUUAUAUAGCUCAUCUUGGCUUACAUUUUGGU